AUGUUGUCCACACUAUUCAUCUUCGCUUCCGUGCUCACCACUUCCAUCGCUAUUGCUGCUGAGGCCCUUCCCCCCGUCGCCCACGUCACCGACUGCAAUGGCAAAACCUACAUGCUCGACACCACCGGCCAGAACAACGUCCGCGUCAUCACUCAGGACAGAGCAGACGGCUACUACAUCCAGCCUGUCAGCUACCACGUAGACUCAGGCACCACGUGCAAUUUCUACAGCGAAUCAACCCGCGGCGUUGGGUAUCCCAUCGGCAAAUACUAUGGCCCCGUAGACGGAGACUUUGUGGGUGACUGGGCUGCGUUCUACGAGUGCUGGGAUGUGGAGUCUGAGAUUGAGUAUCCUCCUAGGCGGAGAGGGCAGAGUUUCAGAGCUUAA